AUGUCAAGAUGUGCAAAGUUGAAGGUAAGCCUUCUAUUUGCCGUUGGUGGCUUGUGAGUAAAACCCGUCAUGUCCAUUCUUGCGAGCUUCUAAUAAAACCUUCUCUAGUUCUGGACUUAUUGGGAUUAUCAAGACUACACGGGCGCGUUACACUUAUGGUAAAGACCUACUCUCAGUUUCUCGUCUAUCCGUUUCCAGAAUUAGAUACUGACACUUCGGCCGAUGGUCUUGGAAUAUUCUAGUUGGAAUAUUGCUCAACAAGCUACUAGCAUUCUCUGCUGUUGCGCUCCGUGUUAUAAGUUGAUGCUACGGGAACUAAAUAUCUUUCGGAUAAUGGGAUCAGCUCUGUUUAAUGUCAGCCGAUGGAAAUCUUUGAUAGGUAGUAGGACCAGAGACUCUGGUGCAGCGGAAAGUGUAUAAUAAAUUUAGCCGGGGUAGACACGUUGAGAGGAAAUCAAAUUGAUGGAACUUCCAAUAACGAAUAACAACAACAAGUGCAAUCCCCGAACUCUUCCAACACUAAAUUACAAGCGACUUGAUGAAAGAAAGUACGCCCCCUUGGAAUGACGGUGUCGUCCCAGAAAGCGAUUGUGAUACGAAUCUUUUGGACAAGGGACAUAGGAAAGGAGUGUUUCUUUCUUUUGACGAUAAGCCCAAGAUUUAAUCAAAACCCUGUGUAUGAUACUACAGUACGAAGGCCAGCUAGUUCAGACGCCCUGGUAAUGAAAUAUCAUCACGUUGGGUGAUUUGGGGAGGUUUGAGGUGUGAAGAACAAUUUUAAGGUGAACAGUUAUUGCCAAGCAUACGACUCUCCAGGGAAUGUAGUACGAGACUUGAAAUCCUCGCUUAGAGUCACAAUUUAUAUUCACGCCCCUUACGCUUUAUUUUUGAUUGCAUACCUUGAUGGGUAUGGCGGACAUGUGAAUAACAACAAUUCCAAUCCAAACGCCACGUCACUUAGGAGCACUGUAAACUAUUAAGCCUCCUUUUCUUCUCAUAUCCCCAGACCUUUCUCCACACGGACAACACCCAGUCAAGAAUACUUUCUACACCACCGUUGCAUACAUCUUCAAGAUCACCAAAACCCUCAAAUUCUUCCCGGCCAAUCUGCCCAUUCAUACACCCAAGAUGAACCAAAAGAGCCCCCAACAAAAACAGAAACCCACCACCCCGACCUAUGGCAAUCUAAAGCCUGGCGACAUCUCCCUUACUCUAGCCAGAACUGGCGCUCUACCAACAUCAUUAAGCCCAACAAAGAAAAACAAGGCGAGCUCCUCAAGUCAGUUGGCGGCUGGAGAUGCGAAGAAGGGGACUUCGGAGGCGGCACAGUCUGAGAAGACCAAGGAUGAGAAACGAGCAUGA